AACCCGCAAGUCCGCAACGCCGCCCCGAGUUUUGGCGCGCGCCGACCAAAACGCGCGGCGGCGGCGUCGAUGGACCGACUCCAGCGCCGGAACCCUAGCAGCCGGACCCAUUCCACUUCGCUGAAGCCCCCGCGGCCUCCGCGAGGGCCACCCUUUCAGCCCCCGCCGGCCUCGAGGCCCCUACUGGAGCCGGAGCCCUCCUCCCCAGAUGGAAGGCAAAGGAAAAGGGUUCGAUUUGCAAAUGAAGCUGGUAGUCAUUGCAUAGGCGGGAAACAAGUUGUGAACAUACGCCAAGAUGCAAAAAACAAACCUCAAGUUUGUGAUGCGAAAACUGCAGAAUAUAAAUUCUUUAAGAGACUGUGUGAACAGUCUGGCCAUAGCUCUCGUUCAUACAAACAUUCUCAUCAAAGCUUUGAAUCAAAGGUUUCCAAGCUAAAACAAGGAUCGUGCAAUGUGACUGCCCCGGAAAAGUACUAUGUCCAUGAGAAUACUGUGUACUGUGAUGACCCUCCUGCUACACCAGCUAAGAAUAAGGAAAUUCCUGGCGAGAAAAUUAGCGUGGAAUCCUCCCAUUCUGAUUGUGGCGAUAAAGAUACACCUCAAGUCAGCCCACAUGAUCGCCUGCUGGGGAUUCAUGUUCUCACACCAAUAGCUCAGGCAUCAUUUGAUGUUACAGGGAUUUCAGGAAAUGUUGACAGAGAGCCUGUCAGUGGACAGAUCUUUUCAGAAAAGAGAAGCAAUUUAUUGAAGAUAGCAGCAAAAACAGUGUCAAUGGGAACUGCUGAGUUGUUUCAAAGAAGGUCAGAAUUUGUAGGUGACAUCCUGCAGAGACUAGGCACCGACAACAUCAUGAGAAAGCAAGAAGGGUCCAUGAGGCACAGGAAAAUGGACUGCAGACAAGCUCUUACUAUUCCCAAAGGCCAUUUUGAUAACUUGCUAGAUUACAAGCGAAGUGACUUUAAUUCAUUAGCUAAGCUGAGAAGAACUGGUAAAGUGUCAUCCUCUUAUGCAAGUGAUGAAGAAUGUGAGUUCAUGGCUUUACCAUGGGGAUACAAUCAGGGCUCUGUUCAUCGGAAAAAUGACUUAUCUGAUGGGGUUAGUGAAGCACGUGAGUGCAUGACAUUGCCAUGGGUGUGUGUUAAUGAUGCUCUGAGUUCUGAUCGGAAGUGGGACAUUGAUCACAACCAGGUUUCAAACUCAUUACUGGAGGAUGUCAAUCCAUACGUCCAUGGAAGAUGCACUUCUGCUAAUGAAUUGAGUUUGAAUGUUCAAACUGAUUCAUAUGAUCAACAUAGAUGGGACCCUAUGUUGUCAGUAACACUCUCCAAGUCAUUUCGUGACAGAUUGUAUUUCCCCUGUCAGAAUGAGGAGGAGCAGCAUGCAGUACUAUUUGGAAUUUCAAAUACUUCUGGGCAACCUGACCUAUGCAGCUCCAUGGAACAAUAUACUUCUAGUUCAGUUCGAUUGUGUGGUAAUUCUGAUGCUGGGUUUUCAACCAGGCUUGCUCAGUUAGUUGUGAAACCAACUAUUUCAAGCAUUUUGGACAGUGGGAAUGAAAUUCUGGAUCACAAUGAUUUCAGAUGUAUCUCCAACUUCCAUGUAAGUCAAAGCAAUGGCAUGUUCAGCUCAAACUCAAGUUGUCUGAAUUCCAUGUCAACUCCAGAGCAGUCGUACAAGGUUGGCGCAAAGAGCCUGCUUGAUUCUUCAUUUGGUAUAUCUUGUUUGGCUGGACUGGAGCAGUACUCUACGGAGGUAGAACUGCCUGAUAAUUCUGAUAGGCUUCUUCAGGUGUUGGAUCAGUUACCUGUGAAAUUCAUCCCUUCAAGUUUCGCAAACGACAAUUCCAGAAUUUGGGACCAUCAGUCUUUAUAUGCAGAGCCUGCUUGUAAGCAAGAUUUGGGUAGCUUACAUGAUUCUUCUACAUGGCCAUCAGUGCAUCAACUCCAAUCUCAUGCUGAUUCGGGAGCUGUGUUUGGUUUCAUGCCAAAUGGAAGUGCUUACAGUAAUUUGGUGGAACGUCAUCACAGCCUCAUGCUAGCCCAAGGGAACCUGAACAGUGACAUUCUUGGUACUACUGAUGUAUCAUUCUUUGGUUCUUGCUUAGCUUUGGAUAACAUCACAGAGGCUCCUAUGUUAUCUUCCGAUGGCAUAACGUGGUAGUUGUGUUGGUCCACUCUGAAAUUUCCAUCCAGAUGAACCUUUUCAAUUUGAUAGUAUUACUGGAGACCAGGUUUGCUGUAUGAAAGUUUAAAUUUGAAGUUGCACGUAUAGGUUAAGUUAUUAGCUUUAAUUUAAGUUGGAAACAAUGACCAGAAAGAUGUGUGAUAUCUACAACCAUUACUAGACAAAGGACACUUUAACAU